AUGGCUGCGGCAAGAACUUCAACGGCAUUGGAAAUACGAAAGUUGAGAAAGAAACUUCGGCAAAUUGAAAACUUGGAGAGAAUCGACAGGGAAUUGACGGAUGAAGAGUACUAUAAAAUUGACAAAAAAGAUAAAAUCAGAGAAUCCCUGCUGAAAUUGUUAGCCACUCAAAAUGAACCUGAGUUUGAAGGAAGCAUCACAGAAUCUACAAGGUCAGAGUUCAGCAGUCAAGGUCAGAAUACAAGCUCCAUAGCAACAGAUGAUUUUUCAGCUUCCUUUUCUGAAAUGGAUAUCGGUAAUGUGGAGGUUACAGUGAUUGAACAAGAAGAUGAAGAAAACUUUGAACAAAUUGAUGUGGAGGAGAUUGAUAUGCCAGCUGAAAGUGCUAUUAAAAAAGGAGUACAUAUAGUUACACCUGAGUCUGCAGACACAAACUUAAGGUCAUUAGAGGUUUCAACCUCACCAGAACCUGUGCAAAGCAUUAAAGAAUCCCAAAGAAAGGAAGAUUCUGUAUCAAACACUGGUGAAUCAUCGACAAAACCAAAAUCUAGCAGUUCUCUUACAAAAAAGAAGACCAAGAAAAAUGACCAGAACAUCAAAGAUUGUGCUAAGCUGAAAGCAGUUAUUCAGCGGUGGCGUCAGUGUAGAUUUGAUGUCGUGGAAAUGGAGGGUCACAGUGACCUAAUUACAGAUGUCUGCGCUGAAGGAAAACUUCUUGUGUCUGCUAGUCGAGACACCACCUUGAAACUGUGGGACCUUGACACCCUGACAGAGUUGCACAGUUAUGGAGGUCAUACUGGCACUGUUACAUCUGCUAUCAUCCUCAACAGGGACGAUACUCUCAAAGUUUGUGAGUCGGUGGAUGUUGAUGAAGGAGAGAGAAUUGUAAUCAGUGGCUCUCUGGACUGUUCUUUUAAAAUAUGGUCUACUGGACUUGAUGUCAUCAUACCGCCUUCAACAGUCAUCAGGGGAGGUCAAGCACUGCGGUCAAUUUACACCUACAACCCUGUCACUAGGGUAGCAUUUCAUUCUUCUGCUGGAGCAAUUGUCACAGGAUCAGAUGGUGGAAAAGUGGAACUGUGGAAUGCCAGCAGCUGUGAGAACAUGGAGAGCACCAAACAGUUUGAUUCAGCUGUCACUGGACUAAAGGUCCAUGGUGAUAGAGUGUACUGCUGUUCUGAAGAAGGACUCAUUAAAGUGUUUGAUAUUAAAGAUGGAUGCUUGUCCUGUUUGUUUGCAUCUGAAAAUGUCAAACCAGCUCCAGGCUGUAACCUCACUGAACGACCAAUCAGAGGCCUGACUGUUGCCGAGGAUACUGUUUAUUACGGGGAUGAAGGCACCAAUAUCAAGGUUCUCAGUUGGAAAAAAGGUGAAGUUAGCAAGUUAAAGAACCAUUCAGAUGAGUUUGGCAUGACUGACAGUCUGUGUUGUCAUGGUGAUACCCUUCUGACCUCAUCAUAUAACCUUGACACUGGAAGAGGAUCCAUAAAUGUACGAUAUCUCCCGGAUGGUAACUACAUGUCUACCCUGGAUGAUGAGGAGACGGAGAGAAUCAUAGCCAUUACCAGUACUGUUAUCUCACCAGCAACAAUCACCUUAGUAACAGCUGGACUGCAACUGAAGAUAUGGACACUGGUCCCACCAAACAGUGAUGGUGAAGGUGAUUUGUUCAAUUCAAAAUUCAUCACACGACUUGCUGGAGUUGCAGUAGAUUCAGAGGCUGAAUCAGAUGCAGAUAUGAGCGAGUCAGAAGAGGAAUACGCUGGUGAUGGUCCUCCCGUGAGGAGAAUGGGCAGCAAGUUGUCAAAGAAGUCAGAAGAGAAUAACAACUGGAUGUCAUGGUGUACUCUCCUGUGAAAAGAUUAAUUUUAAAUUAAAGCAAAGUUACUAUGCAUAUACCAAAACAG